CGACUAACACGUACUGUUAACAAUAAUUUAAUAUUUUUAGUAAAUAAACAACAAUUUCUGCAAAGUGUGGUUAAGUAACUUGAUAACAAAGUGAUUAAGAAAACAGUGAAUAAUGAAGAACAUCUUUAGAUCCAAAAGUUUUAAAACCAAAGACACCGAAAAAAGACAAGAAAAGAUUUUGACAAAUCAAAAAACAAAACGCGUGAGACGUAAAACAAUAUCCGAUGAAACUCCGUUGUAUGACGCGUUUUUCAGUAGGCAUCAGGGUGCGGAAAACGCUGCGUUUUCUUCGCCAGACUUGGCAACACUGCCGCCGCAAUGUUGCCAUUUACCGACCGCAACUCCAGGAAAUAUUGCCACUGCGAAUUAUAACAGCGUUGUCUUGAGAAACAAAGACCCGAACAAGACCAAACCAGAACGGAACAGCCUGUACGACGAUCGUGGUAACGAUGUUCCGGAACACACUGUAUUAGAAAACGUCCCCACCUCUAUACAACUCAGAAAUACUCAACAGAAAUCUUACCUUGGAGAUUCUUACCUUAGAAGAUCGCGAUCUUGCGACGAUAAUCUACAUUUAAAAGAACUGCCUCACAAUUCGCUUUACUUGAAACAGCAAAUGAAACACAAGGACUCCAUCGAUUCAUUAGCCCUGGAUACAGAUAGUGACGUCGACUCCCCCAAUCCACAGGAUAAAUGUAAGACAUUUCAAAUGAGUGUCACCUGUCCGGAUGACACAAAUAAUACGUUAAUCAAAUACCCUUCAAUGGAUAACUUAAUGCAAACUUUGGAAAGGAAGAACUUUAAGGCUUCCACGCAGUCGGAUCAGACAUUAAACGUGGAAAAUGACGUGGAAGUGAGAAUUAGGACCAAAUCCAGACCCACGAGUUUCAGAAAGUCGGUGAAAAAUCUGUUCAGGAGUAGCAAGAAGCAGGACAUGAGGAAGUCGCAGUCCAAUCCUGAUAUCAAUGAACUACUAAAAAACUGUUCCCAUAACGAAGACAGGCCUUCUGGCAAUUUGUGCCCGUCAUUUCCAAAUUCAGAAGGCGUUGAAGUGAGGCACAGUCAUGACAGAGCCCCUAGACCCAGGACAUUCCAAAGUUCACAAAGAACUGGCGAAGAAGAAAUAUUCAUAAAAGAAAACGAAGUUUUUAGAUUUAAAGAUAACUCCCUAACUAUAAAAAAUAUGAAAUAUACUUUGAAAGACAUCGAACGGUUCGUUGAAGAGACGUCGAAAACGUUUUGCAUCGAUACUUUUGGCAAAAAAUAUCGAAUAUGCUUCGAUAGCGAGAAACAGGCGAGGCAAUUCAAAUCGGAAUUCGAAAGAAACACAAAUGUCGAAAAAACGACCGGAAUUCUAACGAAAUUCUUCAAGAAGAGGGUCAGCAAGGAAAUUCUGGAGAACAAAGGUAUAUUUAGAAACGAGGCCGUCUACGGAAACUCCCUAGAGGUCCUAUACAUGGUUUACAAUGACAUUCCCGAGUUCAUUUACGAAAUUAUUCGGCUAAUAGAACUUCCGGAAAACAUCAAGAGCCAGGGACUGUACCGGACGCCGGGAAAUCUGGCAACGAUGCAGAAAAUACGGCUGGAAAUCGACAAGAACAAUCUUGCGAUUUUGAGGCAGUACGAAAAAGAUGUAGAUGUUUUGGCAGGAGCUUUGAAAUUGUUUUUCCGAGAGAUGAAGGAACCGCUGCUGUUGGAGGGGAUUGUCGAUAAAAUUUUGAGGAUUUUAAAGAAGAACAAUCUAGCCGACAGAGAGGCCCUGAGACCGAUCCUUGGGGAACUCCCUGCUGCCCACAAGCAAGCGUUGUACGUGCUGAUCACUCAUUUGCUCACCAUUUUGGACUACAAAUCGGAAAACAAGAUGGACGCCUACAAUCUGAGCGUGUGCUGGGGCCAAACUGUGAUAUUCUAUUCCGAUUCCAAAGAUCUUUUGCAAAAAUCAUCCGAAGCCGUUUCCGUGCUCGAGUUCAUAUUGAAUUACUACAAUGAGCACAGGGAUGCUUUGAAAUAUUUGCAGCAGAAUGUUAAGAAGACUGAACCAACCAAAAUCCAAAGACAUGAUUCCAAAGAUAGUAUAGGAAGCAACGAUAAAAAGAAAGAUAAAGAGGACCAAAUAUGUUGCAUGCUUAGCAACCUUUUAGUUGAAGUACACAAACAUAUUAAAGAAAACGGUCUAUAUUUCAAAAACGGAUCGACCACCAAGGUGGAGAAGAUUGUCAAGCGAAUGAAGAAAUUUAAACUUGAAAAAGUGAGGGGAGAAAAUAUCCACGAUAUUACUGAUGCUUUGAAACGGUAUCUGAAAGAAAUGAAGAUCAUUAACAAAAGUGUAUGCAAAGACUACUAUGAGAUUUGUGAACGCGAGGAAAAAGACAUUCUUGAAACGAUCCUCCCGAAAAUAGAAAAACGACGAACAUUGGACCUGAUUCUCAAGCAUAUUGCGGAAGUAUGCAAAGAAAAAAAAUCGCCGGAAGAUAAGGAAAAACUUUUGGACUCCAUGUCGAAAAUACUGUGCGAGCAGAAUGUAUCCAAAUCUGAUAUCUCCGGACCGAGAGAUCUUAAAAAUCUGAUUAAAGUGCUUUUGAGUAAAUAUCAAGUUCCGGAGCAACCGGACUUGAUAAAAGGGCUGGAAAGCAAUCCGAACUAUUUGAGACAAAAAGAGGAAAGAGAGAGGCAGAAAAGUAUGUACGAUAAUUUGGAUUACGAAACAAAACUGUGAGAUGUACAAAAAAUUAAAAAAAUUAAAUACAGUUUUACCAAAGUUGACAAAAAAUGCAUUCAAGUGUUUUAUAAUUGUUAUAGUAACACUGAAUGUUGAUUUUAUAAUAUUCGUAUUGUAAAUUUAGGAAUUUUGUUACCAAAAAUAAAAGCUGUGCCAUAUUUUACUUCUAGAUAUUGUAUUGUUCCAGCAAAAUACAGUGUGUCCCAGAAUCACCAGACCUAAGACGAAAUUUCGCACCUUUGAAAAAAUGGUAAAGUAAAUUUCGUCUUAGAUAUCAUUGUUCCGGUGAUUUUGGUACACCCUGUAAAUCAAUUUUAGUGAUAUUACUUAUAAUUAUGUUAAAUUAAAUUAUUAAAGUUGCGAAUAUAAUUCACAAAAUUUAAUUUUAAGUUACAUGUUAUACAUAGGUAGGUACAAAGUGCAAUGUAAAUUUUUAGUAAUCAACCAUAAUGCAGUAUUUUGUAAAUAUUGUUUAAAAAUUAAAAAAGAAAAAAUUAUCUACUUUUUAUGCAAUUUUCUUUUCUUAAUUAAACUUCAAAAGUUUAUUAUGUUGAUGAUGAUUUUAUUAAAAUUAUAUUGACUAUAAUAUUAUUAACUUAAAUAAAAAUUAUUUAAAC